GGAGCAGAGACACCAGAAUCCCAGCUGGAAAACACCUCGGAACAUCAACAUGGACACGCCAACCAGUUUUCCCAACACCACUGAACAGUUCUGUGACCACGACGCCCUGAACACCUCCUGGAUCCCUCCGUACAUCUACAUCAUCUCUGCUCUGGGCAUCCCCCUCAACCUGCUGGUGCUCCUGGUCUUCCUGCUCCACAAGAAGAAAUGCUCUGUCACCGAGAUCUACCUGUGCAACAUGGCCGCUGCCGAUCUCCUCCUGAUGCUCUUCAUGCCUUUCUGGGGCGUAUACCAGGCCAAUGAUCACGUCUGGACUUUCGGUGGACCUAUGUGCACACUUGCCAGUCUUCUAAUGGUCAUGAACUACAACUGCAGCAUCUAUUUCCUCGUCCUGGUUUGCGUUGAUCGUUUCUUAGCGUUGGUGCACCCACUGACCCAGUGCAAACUGCACAGACGUAAAUAUGCAAUGCUGGGUUGUUUUUUGGCUUGGUGCUUGGGUCUGCUGCUAAACAUCCCGACUCUUAUGUGCAAAAGAACUGCAGUUAGUGACAAUAUAGAGGAACCCACAUGUCAGUGGGGGUGUUUCUUGAGUUUCUAUUUCACACAUGAGCUGAUACAAACCAUAGCAGCAUUUGUUCUUCCAUUUCUCAUCAUUUUAUUCUGCACCGUUAAAAUUGUCCAAGCACUGACAGGAAGACCUCCCAACGAAGGCAGAAAGCUACAAAAGGAACACAAAGCCACUGUUUUAGUUCUUAGUGUGUUGCUCGCGUUCUUUGUCUGCUGGUUUCCGUUUAGCUUAGUGAGAAUGAUAGAGCUAGCGGUAAGAUACAACCUUAUUGAGGAAACUUGUAGCCUAGUACAUCACUUGUAUAUCUGCAGAGUUCUCUUCAUCAACUUUGGGUUCUCCAACAGUGAUCUUAAUCCCAUCCUGUACGUCAUCGUGGGUAAACACUUUCGUAAGAAAAUGAGUGAGGUGGUGGGAGGCCGUGAGUCAUUUAAAAUGUCCAGCACUCGGUUCACCACAUCCAGUGUCAAAGGAUCUUGGAAGAGAAGAGCUUGAACCAGACAAAACUUUA